AAUUCUUGCUCAGAAAAAUCAGAAUAAUUUCUCCUAAAAUGAAUACUGCUUUGAGCCAUAUUAAAGGUGUAUUUACUGUAUUGGGAAUAAAUGCGGGACUUAUUUUUGAAUUGUGAAUAUGGAAAAUAUGUUGGAUAUGUCGCGUUUUCUGGGUUAACUUUCUUAUCAGCACUGCUUAUGUGUUCUUUGGCGAAUGAGUCCCGAGUGCACAAUUAUCCAAGCAACGUGAAUCAUAGUUCGAACAGGGCUAUCGGCAUUGGGUCACUGAGGAGUUUUGAGCGGUCCGUUGGGAGGGGCGCUUCAGUAAGAGUAAUCUCUGAAUAUGCUCUUGUGUAUUUCUAUGAAAAGUCUUCCAAACUUUAAACCACAGGACACAUCCUAAUUUUUGCAAUUCUCUGAAUUAGAAUGCUGCUGAUAUUUCACGGGUUGGCUGCCAGUCUGCUGGCUGCAGUGGCCUCUGCUGGAACCGAGAGGGACACCAUUCCCGGCUGUGACUACUUCGACACGGUGAACGUGACGGGGAGCCAGCGGCUGAUCAAUGGUUCGUUUCUGUACCAGGGCCUGCUCAUUCCGGCCGAGCUUACGGCUGAAUUUUGCCACAGGCUAAUGCCGGACUACACCACGCAACCGGUGGAGAAACAUUUGCGAGGAUGCGUUUGCCGGCUGAGGCCCUGUCUGCGGCUCUGCUGCCACCACUCUCAGUUGAUGGCCAAUGGGCAGUGCGGUGGCAGCAUCGAGAUGGACCUGACACGACUGAAUCCGUACCUGAAUGUGACGCUGGACAAUGGCACGGUGGCAAGGCGACACUUCCAGACUGAGUUUGUCAUUCAGAGCGAUCUGCCGAUUCCCUGCAACGAUAUGUACCCACUCAACGAUGGAGAGGAGAUGGAUCAGUACAUAGUGUUUGAGAAUGGGUCCUUCUUCCGAUCCUACGACAGUGCAACGAUGAGCAAGCGGGAAUACUGCCUUCAGCCGUAUCACUUCAACAAAGGCGAGACGGAGUCAUUCCGGAUAAUUGCCCACGACUGCACGAUUGAGUCGAAAGAGUCGAAAGUCGACAAGAUUGGCCAAACCAUUGGUGAGCACUGUUCCAAUCCUUUCCGAUCUUUGAUCACAUCUAAACUAUUUCUUUUGCUAUCCUCAGUGAUCGUGCUUAGCCUCUUGUGCCUCGCCUGCACGAUCACCGUCUAUCUGUAUCUGAAGAAGCUGCAGAAUCUCCAUGGAAAGUGUUUCGUUUGCUGUCUGUUCUGCCUGUUUAUAGUUUACCUUUGCCUACUGCUGGACUUGUGGGAUCUGACAAUGAACAUUUGCCAGCCAUCAGGUUACAUUGGCUACUACUUCGCGAUGGCCAUGUUCCUGUGGCUGUCAGUCAUCAGUUGGAAUCUCCGCUGCACACUCGGCUGCAGUGUGAGCGCUCUGAGUCGGGAUCUGCCGGCAUACGUGUUUCUUGUGUGCCACAUCUAUGCCUGGGGAGUGGCGCUCAUACUCACGGCCGUCACUUAUAUGGUGGAUCACCUAGUGGAGGAUAAUGCGGAGAAUGAGUCCUGGAUGCCAGGCGUUGGGUUCUACAACUGUUGGAUCAAGAGUGGGUCGCUUAGCUGUCUCCUGUUGGGUUGGACUAACAGUAUUCAACAGUAUUCAACUCUUCCUGUAGCUCACGACUGGUCGGCCAUGCUUUACUUCUAUGGACCGAUGUCGAUUCUGAUCAUUUUCAAUGUUACCAUGUUCAUUCUCACGGCAAUGCGAAUUGUUGCGGAUAAACGCGAACUGCAGGAUAUUGGCGAUCGCCAGGAGAGAAAGCGCAAACUAAACUCCGACAAACAGACCUAUUGCUUCUUUCUGCGACUCUUCAUCAUCAUGGGCGUGCACUGGAGCCUGGAGAUACUCUACUACUUGUUGCAGGACGACCGGAUAGUGAAUAAAGUGUUUCUGGUGGCCGAUUACUUCAACUGGACUUCACAGGGCAUCAUCAUCUUUUUCCUGUUCGUGAUGAAGCGCAGUGUUUUGAGGUUGUUCAAGGAACGAAAUCAGUCAAGGAACACACGAAGUGUCGCAAGCAUCAAAUUCCACUCGAGUCGCAAUACAAAUGGACGUCAAACAGCUCAACUCCCGCAAGAUAACUCAACCGCGCAGGUCUCUAUCCAGAUGUAGGAGCCAUUCUAUGGAAAGCUUACUUACGGCCAAUACCAGACACCAUUUUACCGCUUCGUGCCAA